GCAGAGUAGGAAGAAUUUCCCUGAAUAUAUAUAGGCUCAGACCUUGGAUCUUGCCACCUCAUCUUGGCCACAAAGAUCCUGAACUGUUCAGAGGACACCAAUUUGCUCUGGCUGGUUGAAUUCUUUCUUUCACAGGUGCGUGGCUGUCUGGGUUGCUGGAGGAGCACUCCCAGGUGGGGAAAGAAAGGACUUGCCACCGACCCGAGCUUCUAGCGAACUUUCUCUCGGCUGGGAAGGAUUUUGAUGUUAAUUGGAGAAGAUUCAAGAAGCUGUUGAGGUGGAAAAAGUCUGUGAAGGACCAGCAUGGGAAUCCUAUACUCUGAGCCCAUCUGCCAGGCGGCCUAUCAGAAUGACUUGGGUCAAGUGUGGCGGUGGAUGAAGGAAGACAGCAACUAUAUCAACGUUCAAGAUGGCUUUAACGGAGACACCCCCCUGAUCUGUGCUUGCAGGCGGGGGCACCUGAGAAUUGUUUCCUUCCUCCUAAGAAGAAAUGCUGAUGUGAAUCUCAAAAACCAGAAGCAGAGAACCUGCUUGCAUUAUGCCGUGAAGAAAAGAUUUACCUUCUUUGAUUAUCUGCUCAUUAUCCUCCUAAUGCCUGUCCUGCUUAUUGGCUAUUUCCUCAUGGUGUCAAAGACGAAGCAGAAUGAGGUUCUUGUACGAAUGCUGCUUAAUGCUGGUGCCGAAGUUAACGCUGCAGACUGUUAUGGCUGCACAGCGCUGCACUACGCCUGUGAAAUGAAAAACCAGACUCUCAUCCCUCUGCUCCUGGAAGCCCAUGCGGACCCCACGAUAAAGAAUAAGCACGGUGAGAGUUCCCUGGAUAUUGCUCGGAGACUAAAAUUUUCCCAGAUUGAACUGAUGCUAAGGAAAGCAUUGUAGUCUUUGUGGCCUCUUAUGAAGAAGCAGAGAAAGUUAAAGAACUGGAUUCCGUCUCCAUCUUGAAGUACCGGUCUGUGGACCACUCGACCUGAAGGCCACCAUGUUGUGGGGAUGAUGAUGGUUGCCAUGGGUGAUGUUUUUGAAGAGCUUUGUGUUUAUAAUGUUUACCACGGUCGUGGUCUUUCCAGGGGAAAUGCUAAUGCUGUUGGAUUCUUCACUUCACUCAAGAAAAGGUGAUGUUUCAAACUCAGUCUCUCCUAAAGGAGGGGAUUGGUGUUAUCCACGUUCUCUCUUUCCAGCUGUGUCGCUGUUAUAAAGAUGCUGUCCCGUCCAUAUUCUGCCCCAGGAGGCAAGCGGUUCCUCUCAGGCCCCUUUGAGUAGUAAGAGGAAGAAUCAGAGCACAGACAUUUGUAUAGAGUGGUGCAUGUAUGAGUGAGGGCUUAGAGACUCAUAUGUAAAUAUUCCUUUGGUGAAACAACUUAAACAAAAUCGUCCAUUGGUUGUCCCCACAGACAUUUACAAAUGCUACCAGCCGGGACUCUGUUUUUCUUUCCAGAGAGCUGGCGUACCAAGCAUACCUCGAGAUAUUUUGCUAUCGAUUUACAAAUAAGAGCCCUCUUGGUUUUGAACAAGAUUGUGCAACUAUCAAGUUGUUGUUUCAAAACUAUCUUUGCAAUUCUCUUGUGAAUGUGAGGCAGUUACUUGUUUGUACUGUUAUUUUUUAUUGAUAAAAUUAAAAAUAUUACUGUGAAUGUU